AUGAUGGAUAAUCCAAGUUAUGGAUCCGCACACAUGUCCUCGCCAGCGCUGGUAGUUUUCUCGCAAGCCACGAAUGGAUUAAGCGACGCACUGAGAAUACAGCGACCAUUUCACUCUCAGCUUCCCGACGCCAAGGAAUUGCACCACCUCUCACUCAUGAGCGGCUACGGUGCCCACCUCCUGCACGGCUUCCAGCCACACUUCCUGCAUCCUCUCAAUCCGGCCGUCUCGACCGCCAGCGGUAGUAGCCCAUUCGGUGGCGGCGGGGCAUUUGUGAAGCCGUUCCCGUCCAACCUGCCCCUGCCUUCGGCCUUCGCCCCACCGAAGUGUUUGGGCUUCGGCAUCGAUCAAAACAUUUUCUCGAAGGGACUUCUGUUCGGGUCGUCCGGGUCGGGUUCCGAAUCCUUCCGGACGGACUCGUCCAGUCCGGCCUGUACCUCGCUGUCCCCGCCCGCCAAGGACGAGUCGCUCGAGGGCCAGACGAGCGAGGAAGGCGACCGCGACCGCGACCGUAUCUGCAGCCCCGAGCGCAGCCCGGAAACGCCCGGAUUCCGACGUAUCGGCCCGCCGAAGAAAUCGUUCGUCGGGACGCCACCACCGAACGCGUGCCCCAUCUGUGGCGUUCAGCUCUCACCAAGUGACCUGGAGACCCACUUCUCAGCCGAACUGACGCGGCUCACCAAGAUGACGACCCACGCGGAGCGGCUCGAGCUCCGGCGGACGCUCAGUGUCGAUCUGCACACCGUGCAGAACAACCUGCAGGGCCGAACGAGCCGUUGGGAGACGUUCAAGAACAUCCGAAACAAGCGCCAGGAUCGGCUGCGCGGGAAGCUGCGGAAGCGGAAGUUCGACGGCGAGGACGGCUUCGGGCUGCAGCUGACGAACAUUAACUGCCAGUCGUGCCCGGUGUGCCACGGGCGAUUGCAGCGGACGCAGGAGGAAAUUGCGCAACACAUCGAGGAAUGCGUCAGAAAGCACCAACACCAGCACCAACAGGCGCAACAACAACAGCAACAGCAGCAGCAGCAGCAAACGCCACCCUCAUUGCAUCCCGCCCAUCCACACCACCCGCACCAUCACCCACACCACCCACAGCACCACCACCACCAGCAGCAACAGCAGCAAACGUCCCAGCAGACACCGGUGACGCCGGCAAGUCAGCAGUCUUCGCCCCAGGACGAGGAUGAAACGGUCGACGUGGAGAGCUACGGUGACGAAACGUCCAACGGUGCGAUCAAUAUGUCCUCGAACGUGAUCCACCACACGAGCGCGACGGCCACCGGAAACGGUAUGCUCCACACUCCCGGCCACAACAACAACAACAACAACAUCAUCAAGCCGGACAACAGCGUGCCCCUGACGAAGCUCCCACCGAUGGAGGAGAGCGCGAUCAGUUCGCUCAGUUCGAUCGUGCCACACUGGGACCGUGGCAAGCCACGUCUCAACCUGCCGUUGAACUGCAAACAGGGCGCACUGAUGGACGAACCACGUCCCUGGACGACGGUGGUGAAACCGAGGCUGAUGACGGGACCGUUCGAGAGCGCCACGCAGGGAUCCGGAGCGGGUGGAGCGACCGCUCCGACUGAUCACUCCAUCACGCGAGUCACUCCGACCAGCAGCGAUCAGCGGAUCGAUGUCGACUACGACCAGGAGCACGACCACAGCCAGGACAUGAUCACCGACAACGACGAGGAGGUGAUCGUGGACAACACCGACGACGAGGAGUGCAUGAAACCGGUGCGGCCGCAUCGACCGACCGCCCAGCACCUCAACGGUCACCCGGCGAUGCCCUCGGCGAUGAACGGUGUGCCGACACCGGCGAACGACAGCAGCAGCAAGAACAGCACGGAGGAGGCCACCUCAUCCGUAGAGAUCGACUCGGCCACCGACUCGAUGUCGGCGUCGCGGACCGCCGGCACCACGCCCAACUCGGACUCGUACGUCAGCACCUCGGAGUCGGCGGAGCCGUCCUCGAAGGCGCAGGUCCUCGAAGAGCUUAAGGCCCGGAUACGGGAGCUGGAGGGUUCGCCGCACUACAAGUGUUUCAUAUGUAAGGAAAAAUGUAAAACAUUGAUCAUAUCGAAGAUCUGCGGACAUUAUCUUUGCGAAGAGUGUUGGAUCACAGAAUCGGAAUCGUCCAAAUCUUGCCCACGGUGCAAGAUCAUCACAGCGAAUUCGGAUUUUAGGAAAAUUCAUGCUUAACCUGCGCGCUAGUAGAACAGUUUUAUUUAUUAGAUGACGUAUUAGUGUAUUUAUUACCCGGUGGUACCCACCUCCGCCCCGCCAAGCCGCACGAACUAUCGAACGACUUUGAACGCUUAUUGUUUUAUACACAAAAGCCCAACCAAAACUGAAGCAACAAAGAACG